CUUGGCAGUGUUGAACCUGGUCUGAACAGAGUGAUUCUCAGUGCAUUUGGAGAUACUGGGUUCAGAAACUGGAGCCUCACUAUGACCUCAUCAGAGACGAGAACCGCGAGGGUGGGUUGUAGAUGGAGCAGCCUCCUGGUCACCAGAGACAACGUCCAUGUAUGCCAAAAACACACCUCAGGGCAGUGGCUUGGAGCCACCAGCAUGCCAGGAGAGUGAGUGUGGAUGUGGGCUUCCCAGUCAGUGCAGCUGUACGGAAGGAUCGUGCCCUUCACCGUGUGAUCACCACGGUGUCCAGCCUGAAGCUGCGUGUGUGAAGACUCUGGAGACUGUUCGCUAGGAUAAGACACAGCAGUGAGGUGCUGGCCCGGGCUGGAGACUUCACUGGGACAGGAUACAGCGGCAGGUCCAGUGGUGCUGGCUGCAGCUCCGGGCAGCCGGUAACCGUGGAGGAAGAUGACUCCUGUAAGCGGCGGGGCCAUGUCGGAGAGCGUUUUUGACCUGGACUACACCUCCUGGGAAAUCCGCUCCACGCUGGUGGUUGCAGGCUUCAUAUUCUACCUGGGCGUCUUUGUGGUCUGCCACCAGCUCUCGUCCUCUCUGAACAUCACCUACCGCUCCCUGGCAGCCCGAGAGAAGGUCUUCUGGGACCUCGCGGCCACACGGGCCGUGUUUGGUGUGCAGAGCACAGCUUCAGGCCUGUGGGCUCUGCUGGGGGACCCCGUGCUCCAGGCAGACAGAGCACUGGCCCAGCAGAACUGGUGCUGGUUUCACAUCACCACCGCCACCGGCUUCUUCUUCUUCGAGAAUGUGGCCAUUCACCUGUCGAGCCUGUGCUUCCGCACCUUCGAUCUAUUCCUGGGUGCCCAUCACCUCUUUGCUUUCCUUGGAUUUCUUGGCUUGGUGGUCAAUCUCAGAGCAGGGCACUAUCUAGCCAUGACCACCUUGCUCCUGGAGGUGAGCACUCCCUUCACCUGUGUUUCCUGGAUGCUCCUGAAGGCCGGCUGGUCCGAGACGCUGCUCUGGAGGUUCAAUCAGUGGCUGAUGGUCCACAUGUUCCACUGCCGCAUGGUGCUCACCUACCACAUGUGGUGGGUGUGUUUCUGGCACUGGGACAGCCUGGUCAGCAGCUUGUACCUGCCGCACUUUGUAUUGUUCCUUGUUGGGCUGGCUCUGCUCACACUAAUCCUCAAUCCCUACUGGACUCACAAGAAGACGCAGCAGCUUCUCAACCCCGUGGACUGGAACUUUGCACAGACAGAAGCCAAGAGCAGCCCGCCAGGAAGGAGCACUGCUCAGGUGCUGCAGAAGAAGAGGCUGUAGCCCCCAGUACCUGGUGGAACCUCGGUGCUGGCGAGUGGAGGCACAGUGCUCUGCGAAGCUCCGCAAAUAGUGACUUUCCUUCCUGAUGGGUGUGAAAUCGUAGUGAAAUCCUGGCUGUGCGUCAGUAUUAAUUCUGAAGUAGCCACAAAGUAUUACUAAGAUCUCAGUUCGCAUUAGGAGCAGGUCUUUGCCUUGACUGUGGUGGUGAGCUCCCACAGGAGCCCUGCAGGCCAGGCCAGUGGGCAGGAGCUGAGCCUGC